AUGGAUGUAUGGUCUAUGAGUUCAAAAAGAAUUCAGAAAUCAAGCCUGCAUGAAGGAUCUUUUAAAGAUAUUCUAUCAUUUUUAUUGGAUCACUUUUCUCCAUUGGAAUUCAUAGAAUUUGCUGUUACUGCAAAAAUUAUUUGGAGUAGGAGGAAUAAUUGGCUCUUUGAACAGCAAUUCCAAUCCCCUUAUCAGUUAUCAAAUCUUAUCCAAUCAGAACUGAGUUCUAUUAAAUUGUGGAUUGAGAAUGGUACUCAACAGAAAGUAACCCAAGCUGCUAGAGUUAACAGAUGGAUUGCUCCACCAUUAGAUAUGUUCAAAGCCAACUGGGAUGCUGCCAUUGAUAAAAUCAAUUCAAGGGUGGGGAUUGGUGUAAUUGUUAGGAACUCAGAAGGAGCUGUUAUGGCAUCCUUAUGUUCUUCGAUGGACCUGUUCCCGGAUCCACUUCUUGGUGAGGCCAUAGCAGCUCGAAGAGCCUCUUCCUUUUGUGCAGAUCUGGGUUUUCAGCAUGUCAUACUCGAAGGUGACUCCUUGCUGGUGGUGAAGGCAAUCCAAAUCAAGGAAGAUAGUUGGAGUGAUUCUGGCCUUAUCGUUAGAGAUAUUAAGAUUUUGCUUUCUAAGUUCCUCUCUUGGUCUGUCUUACACGUCCAUAAGGAAGUUAAUGUAAUUGCACAUCACUUGGCAAAAUUUGCUCUUAGUUGCCAGGAGGAUUGCAUAAUGAUUGAGGACUGUCCCCCUUGUAUCAAGCAACUACUAUGA